AUGUCCAGAUCUGGUGAUAGAACAUCCACCUUUGACCCGACUCACAGUGACACCCUGCUGCAUGGUCUCAAUCUGCUCUGGAGGAAGCAGCUUUUCUGUGAUGUGACUCUCACUGCCCAGGGACAGCAAUUCCACUGCCACAAAGCAGUGCUGGCAUCCUGCUCUCAGUACUUCAGGUCUCUCUUUUCCAGUCACCCCAUCAGCAAAGAGGACAAUGCCAAUAAAGACCAGGGGAGUGGUGGGACCCCAUCGUCCUCCCCAGAUGAGAAGCUCAUAGCCAGCCCCAGAUCCAUCAACAACCUGGUCCUGCAGGGCUGCUCUUCCAUUGGUCUCCGGCUGGUCUUGGAGUACCUGUACACUGCUAACGUGACUCUGUCCCUUGACACUGUGGAGGAGGUCCUAUCUGUCAGCAAGAUCCUUAAUAUCCCCCAGAUUACCAAGCUCUCUGUGCAGUUCCUCAACGACCAGAUCUCGGUGCAGAACUACAAGCAGAUCUGCAAGAUAGCCGCCCUCCAUGGGCUGGAUGAAACUAAAAAACUUGCCAACAAGUACCUGGUGGAGGACGUUCUCCUGAUGAACUUUGCAGAGAUGUGUUCCAUGCUGGACACCCUGCCUCCCCCAGUGGAGUCCGAGCUGGCUCUUUUCCAGAUGUCUGUCCUCUGGCUGGAACAUGACCGGGAGACCCGCAUGCAGUACGCCCCCGACCUGAUGAAGAGACUCCGCUUCGCCCUGAUCCCGGCUCCAGAGCUCGUGGAAAGGGUGCAGUCAGUGGACUUCAUGAGAUCAGACCCUGUCUGCCAGAAGCUGCUCCUGGAUGCUAUGAACUACCACUUGAUGCCUUUUAGGCAGCACUGCAGACAGAGCAUGGCCAGCAGGAUCCGCUCCAAUAAGAGGAUGCUGUUGCUGGUUGGUGGAUUGCCUCCUGGACCAGACAGGCUUCCGAGCAAUUUAGUCCAGUAUUAUGACGAUGAAAAGAAGACGUGGAAGAUACUUACAGUUAUGCCUUAUAACAGUGCUCACCACUGUGUUGUUGAUGUGGAUAACUUUUUAUUCUUACUGGGAGGAGAAGAUCAGUGGAACCCCAAUGGUAAACACAGCACCAAUUUCAACAGCCGCUAUGAUCCAAGGUUUAAUAGUUGGAUACAACUCCCACCCAUGCAAGAAAGGAGAGCCAGCUUCUAUGCAUGUCGACUGGAUAAACACCUGUAUGUGAUCGGUGGGAGAAACGAAAGCGGGUACCUCUCCAGCGUUGAGUGCUAUAACUUGGAGACCAAUGAGUGGCACUAUUUGUCUUCUCUACCCCAGCCUCUGGCAGCGCAUGCAGGGGCUGUACAUAAUGGAAAAAUAUACAUCUCAGGCGGUGUCCACAAUGGUGAAUACGUGUCCUGGCUCUACUGCUACGACCCAACAAUGGACAUGUGGGCUAGGAAACAAGACAUGAAUACAAAGCGAGCCAUUCAUGCUUUAGCUGGAAUGAAUGAUCGUCUGUAUGCUAUCGGCGGAAACCACUUGAAAGGCUUUUCCCACCUUGACGUCAUGCUGGUGGAGUGUUAUGACCCUAAAGGUGACCAAUGGAAUAUUCUUCAGACCCCCAUUCUGGAGGGGCGCAGCGGGCCAGGCUGUGCAGUGCUUGAUGACAGCAUUUUCCUUGUUGGCGGUUACAGCUGGAGCAUGGGAGCAUACAAGUCCUCAACCAUCUGUUACAGCCCAGAGAAGGCAACUUGGACAGAGCUGGAGGGAGAUGUGGCUGAGCCUUUAGCAGGCCCAGCAUGUGCUACAGUUAUAUUGCCAGCUUGUGUGCCAUUCAGCAAGUAA